AUGGCCUUCUCUUUCUGCACCCAAUGUUCUUCCUGGUCUCUCGCACCCACCCUAACCCCAACACCUCCACCUCACAGACCCUCCACUUCUCUCUCCUUCCCACUCCACAAACGACUCGUCGUUCAUUCCUCCCUCUCCUAUUCCACCACCCACCCCCUCCCUCACGACUUCACUCCCCAGCAGCUCCUCGACUCCCUCCGCCGCCAAAACGACGAGUCGUCCGCCCUCCGCCUCUUCGACUGGGCCUCCAAGCAGCCCAGCUUCUCCCCCAGCUCCGCCGUCUACGAGGAGGUCCUCACCAAGCUCGGAAAGGUCGGGUCUUUCGAGUCGAUGAGGGACGUAUUGGAUGAAAUGAGUCACCAUCAGUGUUUGAGUAAAGGUAGCUUCUUGAUUUUGAUUGAGAGCUACGCUGCGUUUGAUUUGUAUGAUGAGAUUUUGGGCGUUGUGGAUGUGAUGGAGAGUGAGUUCGGGUUGGAACCCGAUACCCAUUUCUUUAAUUUCUUGCUUAAUGUGUUGGUUGAUGGGAAUAAGCUUAAACUAGUCGAAACUGCGAAUUCCAAGAUGAAUAGCAGGGGGAUUAAGCCGGAUGUUUCUACAUUUAACAUUUUGAUUAAGGCUUUGUGUAGAGCUCAUCAGAUUAGGCCCGCACUUUUGUUGAUGGAGGAGAUGGGAAGCUAUGGUUUGAAGCCGGAUGAGAAGACAUUUACUACUAUAAUGCAGGGUUAUAUCGAGGAAGGUGAGAUGAAAGGCGCGUUGAGAAUUAGGGAGCAGAUGGUGGAGUAUGGUUGUCAUUGUAGUAAUGUGACUGUUAAUGUGUUAGUUAAUGGGUUUUGCAAGGAGGGUAGGGUUGAUGAAGCGUUUGGUUUCAUUGAGAAGAUGGCGAAGGAGGGGUUUUCUCCUGAUCAGUACACGUUUAAUACGUUGGUGAAGGGCUUGUGUAGGGUGGGGCAUGUUAAGCAUGCUUUGGAGAUUAUGGAUGUGAUGUUGCAGGAGGGGUUUGAUCUGGAUAUCUAUACGUAUAAUGCUUUGGUUUCGGGGUUGUGUAAGUUGGGUGAGAUUGAAGAGGCGGUGGACAUUCUUGAUCAGAUGGUUUCGAGGGACUGUUCCCCAAAUACCGUCACAUAUAAUACUCUGAUUAGCACAUUGUGCAAGGAGAACCGGGUGGAGGAGGCAACUAAGCUAGCGCGUGUUCUAACUAGCAAGGGAAUUAUACCUGAUGUUUGUACUGUCAAUUCACUGAUUCAGGGUCUCUGCUUGAACAGUAAUCAUAAAGUUGCUAUGGAGCUGUUUGAGGAGAUGAAGAUGAAAGGGUGUCAACCUGAUGGGUUUACUUACAGUUUGCUGAUCGAUAGCUACUGUUCAAGAGGGAAGCUGGAAGAGGCUUUGAGCUUGCUGAAAGAUAUGGAGUCAAGUGGCUGUGCACGAAAUGCUGUAAUAUACAAUACUCUGAUUGAUGGGUUCUGCAAAAACAAGAGGAUUGAAGAUGCAGAGGAGAUUUUUGAUCAGAUGGAACUCCAGGGCAUUUCAAGAAAUUCAGUGACAUACAAUACCCUUAUUGAUGGCCUCUGCCAGAAUAGGAGGGUGGAGGAAGCUUCUCAACUGAUGGACCAGAUGAUAAUGGAAGGUUUGAAGCCUGACAAGUUCACCUACAAUUCGCUGCUCACGUAUUUCUGUAGGUCUGGGGAUAUUAAGAAGGCAGCAGAUAUUGUUCAAAACAUGACUUCGAAUGGGUGUGAACCAGACAUUGUCACGUAUGGGACCCUUAUUCAGGGGUUAUGUAAGGCGGGUAGGACUGAGGUUGCGAGUAGACUCCUAAGAAGUUUGCCGAUGAAAGGGUUGGUUCCGACUCCACAUGCUUAUAACCCUGUAAUACAAGCACUGUUUAAACGAAAGAGAACAACAGAAGCUAUGAGGCUUGUUCGAGAAAUGAUGGAGAAGGGUGAUCCUCCAGAUGCAAUAACAUUUAGGAUUGUCUUUCGUGGGCUUUGUAAUGGUGGAGGACCAAUUGGGGAAGCAGUUGACUUUGCGAUUGAAAUGAUGGAGAAAGGGUACCUACCAGAAUUUUCAUCAUUUUCUAUGCUGGCCGAAGGACUAUAUGCUUUAUCUAUGGAGGAUACCCUGAUUAAGCUUGUAGAUAUGAUCAUGGAGAAAGCAAGAGUUUCAGACAGUGAAGCGUCCAUGAUUAGGGGUUUCCUCAAAAUCCGUAAAUUUAAAGAUGCAUUGGCCACUCUUGGUGGUAUUUUGAAUAGCCAAAGACCCAGAAAAUCUUACUGGACCAGAAAUUAGUUUCAAUCAGUUUUGGUUAUCAUCAUAAACCUUGGAAUCAAUAUAUUAGUGCUGCUGGAUUUCUUUGGUUGGCUUUGGGGAAACCAUCUCUUCUAACUUCCCAAACUGUGCAAAAGGAAAGGCCAGGUACUUUUGUUACCAUUAGUCUUUAGAUGCUUUCAUAUACCACUGCCAAAAAUGAUUUCAGGUUUUCUUUUGAUACUGAAGUUUAUAAACUAAUGCAGUA